CUGCUGAGGCGACAACGGGGGGAUCUUGGCCUUUGAGCGCUCGCUAUUUCACGGCCGCCUCAUCCAGCAGUGGAUGGCGCAUGGCUGCACCCCCCCCACACUCACUCACACAACCGCGCAUGCGCAGGGCGCGCCACCGUCACGUGACAACACACGUGCCACACUGUACGCACUGUAGAGUUAGUGGACCUCUCACGUUUUCGUUCCAGGGCGACCCCGCGUGGCCCCGAGACCCCCUUACGGGGGGCUACUACCGGUGCGUUUAGACCCCGGCUACGACUCCUCGGGGGUUCCGUCCAGACCCAAAAUCCCCUCCCCCCAAAGGAGCCCCGAGUGCUGCCGAUGCCGCUACCAGGCGAUAUCUCCCGCCGGGCGGGGAGGGGGGCGGGGACGGGGACCCCGGGGCAGCCGCGUCUCCCUCCCCGGGGAGGGAAGAUGCAGCGGGGACGGGGACGAGGCUUAUCGGCCGCCCCCGGGACCCUCUCGGCCCCGCAGCGAAGGCCCCGCAACGCGGGCCCCGACCCUCACAAAAGCCCGGGGAAGCGGACAGUGGCGCAGGGCUCCAAGGGGCAACCUCGAGUUGUGGCGCUGGCAGUCCCGGAAGGGGGCGAAGAUGAGAAAGAUGAUAGUAGUGCAGGGAGCGACGCGGAGCUUGCUGGCGACGCCGAUCAGGACGGCGGCUGGAAGCGAGAGAUGGCCGAGAUGUCCUUGGAGGAGCUGCAGCGUGUGAGGGAGACCAUGGGCACCAAGGAGUUCGAGCGCAGAAGUGCAGGGGCACGGGCAGCAGCAUCAGCAGCGGGGGGCGCGCCCAAGAGAAGCGACAAGAACCGGCCCGUGGAGAUGUCCUCCAAGUGCCCUGUGGGUCGCCUGCGCCAGGUGAUCUCAAUGAAGAAGCAGGUUGUACGGGACCCAAGGUUUGAUGACCUGUCGGGGACAUUCAGCGAGACCAUCUUCCAGAGCACCUACAGCUUCCUGGACUCCAUCCGUCAGCGUGAGAAGAAGGAGCUGGAGAAGGGGCUGAAGAAGGUGAAGUCGAGUGAUCGGAAGCAGGAGAUGGAGUACUUGCUGCAAAGGAUGGAAAACCAAGAGAGAGCAAAACAAAAGCAGGAGAAGCGGCGGGAGGCGGAGUUGAAGGCGAAGCGUGAAGCGCGGGAGCUCAUGCUGCAGGGACACUCCCCAUUCUACGCCAAGAAAUCCGAGCUGCGCAAGCAGGAGUUGGCAGAGAAGUACCAGGCGCUCAAGAAGUCAGGGAAGGUCGACAAGUUCCUGAGCCAGAAGCGCAAGCGCAAUGCACAGCGGGACCGUCGGAAGCUGCCCCCCCCCAAGAGGGAGCGGAGUUGCCCAGGAGGGCAGGAGUAGAGGGGGCAGAAGUAGAGGGGGCAGCAGAAGACAAGCAAGGGCACCAAGGGGACUGUUGGGGGUCGAGGUCACGAACGGGCACCUUGUUCAUAUUUUAUAUUUUUUUCUUUUAUUGUGCAUUAUGGCUUAAUUGCUAGAGGAUUUGCGUGUAAUUGAAAUAAAGUGAGCAUGUUGUCGAACUAGU